ACAUAUAUAUAUAUGCAAAAGAUCAUAUCUAAUUUCCUAAAGUAAAAGAUUGUUAAAAAGAUCACAAUAUUCACUAAGUUCUUAAUUCCUAAACUUGUGAGAUACAGAUUCGUAUCUCAACUGAUACACGUGUGUCUUUAGGAAAAAUAAAAUGAAGCAAGGACGAUGAAGAAUAUCAACGAUUGCUUCAUGCUUUUACUUCUCUGGUGUCUUGUGCGUUCAGGGAUUGCCAUUGAUCCUUUCUCCCAAAGCGACUCUCUCAAAACAGAGUGUGUAAUGAAUCCUCCACGAAGCAGUGAAACACAAGGAUUAUUACGCUUUAGCCGCUCCGUCGAAGAUGACUCUGAUGAAGGGUGGAAAAUAGAUGGAAAUAAAGCCAUUAGGGGAAUGGUACAGAGAAUUUAUCUUCACCAAGGAAACAUUUACAGCUUCUCUGCUUGGGUGAAGUUGAGAGAAGGAAACAAGAAUAAGGUAGGAGUUGUGUUCAAGACAGAAAAUGGAAGACUUGUUCAUGGAGGUGAAGUUAGGGCGAAGCAAGGAUGUUGGACUUUGCUUAAAGGUGGCAUUGUCCCAAAUGUUUCAGGCCCUGUAGAUAUUUUCUUCAAGAGUGAUGACGAAGAAGCAAAGAUAUCUGCAAGAGAUGUGUCGUUAAAAAAGUUCAGCAAAGAAGAAUGGAAACUGAAACAAGACCAACUUGUUGAAAAGAUAAGGAAGAACAAAGUGAGAUUUGAAGUAACUUAUCAGAAUAAAACUACAGUAAAAGGCGCAGUGAUAUCCGUAGAACAAACCAAACCAUCUUUCCUCUUAGGCUGCGGAAUGAACUUUCGGAUCCUACAAAGCGAAGGGUACAGAAAAUGGUUUGCGUCACGGUUUAAAAUCACAUCAUUCACCAAUGAAAUGAAAUGGUAUACAACGGAGAAAGCACGCGGUCAAGAGAACUACACGUUAGCCGAUUCAAUGCUUAAGUUUGCAGAAGAGAAUGGGAUAUUGGUUAGAGGUCAUACAGUGUUGUGGGACGAUCCAAAAAUGCAGCCAAGUUGGGUGCAAAAGUUAGAAGAUCCAAACGAUUUGAUGAACGUGACAUUGAACCGGAUAAACUCGGUUAUGACGAGAUACAAAGGGAAGGUAACCGGGUGGGAUGUGGUUAAUGAGAAUGUGCAUUGGGAUUACUUUGAGAAAAUGCUUGGUGCAAACGCUUCUUCAAGUUUCUACAAUUUGGCUUAUAAGCUUGAUCCUGAUGUGACAUUGUUCGUUAACGAGUACAACACGAUUGAGAACCGUAUGGAUGUUACCGCAGCGCCGAUUAAGGUGAAGGCAAAGAUGGAGGAGAUUCUUGCGUAUCCAGGAAACAUGAACAUUAAAGGAGCAAUUGGAGCUCAGGGUCACUUUAGUCCAACUCAGCCUAACUUAGCUUACAUGAGAUCUGCGUUGGAUACUUUAGGCUCAUUAGGUUUGCCUAUUUGGCUUACAGAGCUUGAUAUGCCUAAGUGCCCUGAUCAGGAGAAAUACAUUGACGAGAUUCUGAGGGAAGCAUAUUCGCAUCCUGCGGUUAAAGGCAUCAUAAUAUUUGCGGGGCCUGAGGUGUCUGGUUUCGACAAGCUGACACUUGCGGACAAAGACUUCAACAACACAAAAACAGGGGAUGUAAUUGACAAGUUGCUUAAGGAGUGGCAAGGUUCAGAUAUUCCGAAGAUUUCCAUGACUGAUUCUGAGAAUGAAGAAGAAGAGAUCUCGUUGUUGCAUGGACAUUACAAUGUGAAUGUCAGACAUCCAUGGAUGAAGAACUUAUCCACUAGUUUCAGUUUGGAGGUAACUAAGGAGAUGGGUCAGCGUCAGGUGGUUAAAGUUGUAAUUGAUGCUUGAAAUUACAAAAAAUUAUUGUGACAUUUUCUUAAUUCAUUUAGCGUAAUCAUAUAAAAACUUGAAAAGUCAUCUACCAUAAAUCAUAACGUCUGUAACGAGAUGAAUAGAUUAAGGACUAUAAUUUUAAUUA